AUGUUGAUAACAGCAAAACCCACUCACCUACAACCAUGGUGGUUACCAUUCCCAGCAUCAACACCACUUCCCAAACGAACAACCUUCAACACCAGAAGAACCAUCCUUCUCAACAACAACAACGACGACACCACCACCACCAACACCGCAUCUUCUUAUCCACCGAUGCUUAAAAAGAGAAUCCGCUAUCGAAAACUCCACCCCGGAGAAACUACCGGAAUCACCGAAGAAAUGAGGUUCGUCGCCAUGCGACUUCGUAACGACAAAAUCAACAACCCCGUUUCCACUCCCGCCCCUACUUCUACUGUAGAAGACGGCAAAGAGCAACUCCCUGAAACGUGCCAUCCUUCCUUAGAAGGGUUUAUCCGAUUCUUGGUUGAUAAUCAACAUGUUUUCGCCACACUCGAACGCAUUAUUGAUGAUUCCGAUGACGUUUCCUAUGCCUACUUGAGAAAAACUGGAUUGGAAAGAUCAGAAGGGAUUUUGAAGGAUCUAGAAUGGUUGAAGGAGGAAGGUGUUGAGAUUCCCAAUCCAAGUUCUCGUGGGAUAACAUAUGCAAAAUAUUUGGAGGAACUUGCAGAAACAAGUGCACCUUUGUUUCUCUCCCAUUUCUACAAUAUCCAUUUUUCUCAUAUAACUGGUGGCCAGGUUAUUACAAAGCAGGUUUCUGAAAGGCUCCUGGAAGGUAAGGAGCUGGAGUUCUGCAAAUGGGAAGGAGAUGUCCAGGAAAUGCUGAAAGAUGUACGUGAGAAGCUUAACAUGCUUGCAGAGCAUUGGUCUCGGGAUGAAAAAAAUAAAAUUUUAAGAGAAACAAAAAAGUCAUUCCAGUUUAUGGGACAGAUUGUUCGCAUGAUCGUCUUAUGA